UUUCCUUCUCUCCAAUUUAUCAAGUUUGUGGUAAACUCGCGUGACCAAACGAUUUCUCCAGUCACUUCUAGUGCGUUCAAGCGAUCAAUCAACCCAAUAACAAACUUUGCCCCUUCAAAUCCACCCUUUUCCCGCCAUUGCUAACAAUAUCUUCCUCUGUUAUCCUCUCUCUAACGACGCCAUAAUAUACACACACACACACACACAAAUAUCUCCUAUAUUGUAAAUCCAGUGACACAAAGACGCACUGAUAUGUGAAAAGAAAUGGAGACUCGGAAGAGAAAACCCUUAUCAGACCUGACUAAUACCUUCAAUUUAAUCCCCACCUCCACUCUCCGCAAGCUUGUAGCCUCGAAACCCCCGAAUUCAAUUCUAAAAUUAAAUCCAAUAUAUUCCGAUUCCGACACCAAGUCCGGUACUAGUAUCGGGUCUUCCAAUGUUAGCGACGCCCGGAAUUUGCAUACCGUUCAAUUUUCGAACGAUCCCUGUCGUCCACUAUCGUCAAUUGCUUCACCUGGUGAUGGGGAAACUAAGAACGGAGCUUCCAGUAGAAGAUGGACCACAUAUGGACCUCAGAAAGAAAGUGAUGCUGUUACUGCAACUGUUAGCUCCACUUCUCUUUUGAAGAUGAAGGAUAAAGGGAAGGCAAUUACUUUACCAUCCUAUUGCUCACCUCCUGGGAAAGCAGAGGACUAUGGGAACCCAAUUCGCGGUUCUUGUAGUUUUCUGGAUAAAGCAAUGGAAAAGGAGAAAGGAAGUUUCGGUCCUUUUAGUGAAUAUGUUGAAAACAUGGAACUUGGGAAGGAAAUUCUCAAUCCUUCUAGCUGCUCAUUCGAAAAAGGAGAGAAAGGGAAGACAAUUCUCAAUGCUACUGGCUGCUCAAUUGAGAAAACAAAAGAGCUAAGGAAGGGAAUCCUUAAUCUUUCUAAUUUCUCACAUAAGAAAAGAAAGGAGGGAGCAGUUGUGAUUCGUAGUCCUUCUAGCCCCUCACUCGAGAAAACAAAAGAGAUAGGGAAGACAAUCCCCAAUGCUUCUAGCUCGUCAUUACAGAAAACAAAGGAUAAAGGGAAGGCUAUGGUCAAUUCUUCUGGCUGCACAAUUAAGAAAACAAAUGAGUUGAUCCUUAAUCCUUCUAGCUGCUCAUAUGAGAUAAAAAAGGAAAGAGGGGUUGUAAUUCGUAGUCCUUCUAGCUCCUCACUUGAGAAAACAAAAGAGAGAGGAAAGACAAUCCCCAAUCCUUCUAGCUCAUCAUUUGAGAAAACAAAGGAUAAAGGGAAAGCUGUUGUCAAUUCUUCUGGCUGUGCAAUUGAGAAAACAAAAGAGCUGAUCCUUAAUCCUUAUAGCAGCUCAUAUGAGAAAAGAAAGGAAAGAGGGGUUGCGAUUCAUAGUCCUUCUAGCUCCUCACUUGAUAAAACAAAAGAGAUAGGGAAGACAAUCGCCAAUCUUUCUAGCUCAUCAGUUGAAAAAACAAACGCUAAAGGGAAGACUGUUCUCAAUCCUUUUGGCUCCUCGCUUCAGACAACAAAGAAGCGGGGGAAACUGAUUCUCGUUCCUAGCUCAGUUGAAAAUGUAAAAGAUAAAGGGGCAUCUGCUACUGUGCCAGUUAAUCACACGUCUCGGAGAAGAAAAAGUGGAAAGAGGACGAUAGAUAUUGGGGCUUCUAGUUGCCCUCCUUUGAUGAAGACCAAGAAUGGUUUUAAUGAAUCUGGAGAUGUUAAACCAUCAAACUCAUGGACUGGUCUUCAGCCUAAACAUAAAAAGAAGAGGUGCAUGCAGCAGAAAGAUGCUAAUGAUUGUUGCUUGCCAAAAGAUUUUAUUGAACAGCAGAGAGCAUAUUUUGAAGAAAUUGACAACUUUGAAUUGCCAGUAGAGGAAGUAUAACAGGAUGAGUUACAGUGAGAAAGAGCUUAAUUAGCUGUGCAAAGUAGGUGCUUCUAACAUAUAGGUCGUUGUAUAGUCCCAAUGUGAAUUGGGGGUGAUGUGUUUCUUGCCAAUUUUUAGAUUAGUUUGUAUUAGCAGAUGAUUCUAAUGCUGCUAAAUAUGUGUAGCUAUGGCUUAAAUUUCUGGGGGAGUGUAGUGUGUACCGUACUGCCAAUUGGAGCCUUUACUGUUGAACUGCGUUAUUCCAUACUUAAAUGAAGUUGUAGUAGCCACCGAACAUAAGUAUAACCUGCCUAUCUAUCCGUUUUUCCUUCAUAAA